AUCGAAAAGUACAACAUUUUGGCAGCCAUAAACAUUCCGUAAUGUCCGAGGAUCCGAGGACCACAGAAGUAUAAAAAGUGUUGAAAGUUUAAGUUCAUUUUCUCAGUACGUACGAGAAAGUAAACCGCAGCAGAGAAAGGAGCAUGACGUCCACCGGAUUCAUCCUAACUUGCGUGUUUCUUGCUGUUGUUACGCAGAUCCGAGCGCAGGGUAACACCUACCCUAACGAGUACACCUGGGGAGCGAUAACGGCCGCCACAAACACGCCCUGCUUUUCCGAUAGUGUCAACGUGUGGAAUUUUUUUCGGGUUGCAGAUCGGGUGCUUGCGUUCACACCUGCUUCUGCAAUCACUUUCAUUCGAUGUUGGAACAAUCUCCCAUUGCAUCCGUUUAUGGCCACCGUAACCAGCGGAGGAGUCGGUUUAACGACUCAGUGUACAAUUGUGUUAAGCUCCUAUCAUGGAAAACUAGUGGCGCAGUGUCAGGCGUACUGUGCUUAAAAAAGGUUUAAAAUAAGUUUUUUGUUGUAAGUUUGUUAGUAUAGGUGACAAUAGAACAUUGAUUUUGUGAAAAGUUCAGAAUAGCACGAUUCGUUAUCACAUGCAAAUGAAUGUAAGUGUGGAGAACAAUAAAUAUAAAAUUGUUUCGACUGAAUUAA